UGGUACGGCAGCACAAUGGGCACGGGGAUUGUGUCAAUCCUGCUCUUCACCUUUUCCGAGACCUACCCCGACUCGCAGGCGCUGUUGUUCCAGCUCAGUGUGUUCUUCUUUGGCCUCAACAUCUUCCUCUACUCCGUCAUCUUGUCCGCCACCGUCCUGCGGUACGUGUUCUACCCAAAGUUCUUCGUCAUGAUGAUCAGCGACCCGGGCCAGGCAAUGUAUCUGGGCACCAUGCCGAUGGGCCUCGCAACGCUCAUCACCAUGACCGUCAACGUCAUCGUCCCGCGCUUCGACACGGCCACGUCGACGGGGUGGGCCACCACGGCGUGGGCAAUCUGGUGGAUUGACGUAGUCAUCAGCCUGGCCUGCGCGCUGGGCGUCCCCUGGCUCGUCCAGACGCGGCACCGCGGCAUUACGGACCUCGAGAAGAUGACGGCCGGCUGGCUCCUGCCCAUCGUGUCGCCCAUCGUGGCCUCCUCGACGGGCAGCGCCGUGGCGUCCGUCCUGUCCCCGCCAGACGCCCUCGUCACGAUCCUGGUGAGCUACGUCAUCCUCGGCACGGGCCUGUGCGCCGCCCUCACCAUCAUCGUCAUCUACUACCUGCGCAUCACGACCUGGAAGCUCCCGCCCACGGAGCACAUGUUCAGCACGUUCCUCCCGCUGGGCGCGCUGGGCCAGGGCGGCUUUGCGUUCCAGCAGCUCGGCGCGCAGGCGAUCCGCGUGUUCCCUGUCACGGAGACCCUGCCGGCCAUGAGGGCGGCGGCAGGAGGCGUAACCGGGGGGCCCGAGGCCGUGGCUGACGCACUGCUCGUGGCCAAGAUCCUCUUCACCUUGGGAUUCGUGAUUGCCAUUAUGCUCUGGGGCUUUGCGAUGCUGUGGCUGUUCUUUGCCGUGCUGAGCGUCACGCGGCAGCGCGUGCCGUUCAGUAAUGGCUGGUGGGCGAGUACGUUCCCACUAGGUGUGUUGGCGACGUCGACGCUCGCGAUGGGGCGGAAUCUGCCGUCUGUGGCGUUCCAGACACUGGGCACAAUCUUUGGGGUCGUGGUCAUCUUCAUGUGGGUUGUCGUCUCGUCCAUGUUGGUCGCACGGGUGGCCACGGGGAAGAAGUGGACG